AUGCGGCGCCAUCCAAAUCCUACCUUGUGCCCUGUACGUGGAAUUGAACUAUACGUGUCCAUUGCUGGUGAACUCUCCGUUGAUCUGUCGGCAGGAUAUUUAUUCCGUCCAACCGACCCUCAAGGUCAUGUUCUCAACCGACUGCUAUUUAGUUCUGCCGCAACCGCGCACCUUAAGUUAUAUCUCCGGCAGGCCAACAUUGACUCAGGAGAAACUCUUCACAGCUUUAGAUCUGGCUGCGCUCUUAUGCUCACUUUUGUGGGAUCGCGCCUUGCCGAUGUUAUGUCCCAUGUUGGCUGGUCCUCUCCAGCGACUGCACGCUACUACUUACAGCUUGCUAAUAUCCUAAAGGCAGGUGCACCAGCGGAUCUCCUUUCGCAGAAUAUGUCAUCAAACAAUCAAGCUGCUGACAUUUACAGGGAUUUUAAUCAUUUAAAGAAUUUUAUCCAGGCAUUUCCUUCUACCAAACUUUUGAAGAGAAAAGCCCCCGAUUCUUAG